GCCAGCGCCGCCGCCAGCGCGGGGGCAGAGGCGGCCGCCGGGAGGCUGCAGGCGUCGGCGCGGCUCCCGGGCUGGCCAUGGCUAGGGGCGCGUGGCGGCCGCCGGCGUGGCGAGGCGGCGUCAGAGGUUCUUAAUCCAGAGCCAACUCCAUGGACCCAGGCCGGGUUUGGCCCUUGGCCUGCUGUGGGCGGGGUGUCGUCUGCUAGAAGACCCCCCCCCCCCUGGCUGACCUGCUCUGUCGCCUUACAGAGCAAGCGAAGAAGAUGGACCGAGCGACACGCCCUCUGCCUGCGUGCUUCCCGCCUUCUGUGCCCUUGUUAAUCCUGCUGUCCACUCUGGCGACUGCUGAGAGUGUAGCCAACAGCACUUUAAAUGGCACUGACGUGGUCGUGGGCUCAGUGCCCGUGGUCAUUGCCAGAACCGACCAUAUCGUCGUCAAGGAAGGGAACAGUGCCUUGAUCAACUGUAGCGUUUAUGGCCUCCCUGAGCCCCAGCUCAAGUGGUAUAACUCCGUGGGCAAGCUGCUGCAUGAGGACAGCAAGGACCGAGGGGCAGGCAAGUGGCAGAUGCACGACGGCCUCCUGAACAUCACCAAGGUGUCCUUCACGGACCGAGGCCGCUACACGUGCGUGGCCGCCAACGUCCACGGCACCGUGAACAACACGGUGACGCUGAGGGUGGUCUUCGUGUCGGGGGACAUGGGCGUGUACUACAUGGUGGUGUGCCUGGUGGCCUUCGCCGUGGUGCUGGCCCUGAACAUCACCCGCCUCUGCAUGAUGAGCAGCCACCUGAAAAAGACCGAGAAGGCCAUCAACGAGUUCUUCCGCACAGAGGGCGCCGAGAAGCUGCAGAAGGCCUUCGAGAUCGCCAAGCGCAUCCCCAUCAUCACGUCGGCCAAGACGCUGGAGCUGGCCAAGGUCACGCAGUUCAAGACCAUGGAGUUUGCCCGCUACAUCGAGGAGCUGGCCCGCAGCGUGCCGCUGCCGCCGCUCAUCAUGAACUGCAGGACCAUCGUGGAGGAGCUCAUGGAGGUGGUGGGGCUGGAGGAGCAGGGCCAGAACUUCGUGCGCCACGCGCCGGAGGGCCAGGAGGCCAGCCCCGGGGACGAGGUGUACACCAUCCCCGACGCCCUGCAGCGGAGCGAGUCCCCCGCCGCUGACUCGGACGCCUCGUCGCUGCACGAGCAGCCGCAGCAGAUUGCCAUUGAGGUGUCCGUGCACCCCCAGGCCCGGAGGGAGCCCGCGGAUGACCGGGACGGGGGGCCCCUCGAGGCCGGAGACGAGGAGGACACCGAGCCGUCGGCCGAGCACUCCCCCGAGUCCGCGGCGCCUUCCACCGAGGUCACAUCCGCGGCGCUGACCUCCGAGGAGCCCACGCCUGUCGAGGGGCCGGACCGCGUCCUGCCGCCGGGUCCCCUGGAAGCCACAGAGGCGGCCGGGGCGUGCGACAGGAAUGCCCGCGUCGUCUAUGAAAGCCAUGUCUAACAGCCCCCCCC